AUGAAGACAUCAACUAUUGUCACACUAUCCGUUGGCACGGCCGUGUCCGGACUGCUUGCGUAUGCUGUGUAUUUUGACUACAAGAGGAGAAACGACCCCGAAUUCCGAAAAGCUUUGAAGAGAGAGUCGCGCAGGCAAGCCAGAUUAGCCAAGGAGGAGGCUGAGAUUCAAGGCAAGCAACAAAGAGAAGAGAUCAAGCAUGCCGUUCAAGAAGCCAUUGAAGAAGGCUUUCCCACAGACAUCGAAGAGAAGGAGGCAUUCUUCAUGCAGCAAAUAGCGCAGGGAGAGGCGUUGGCUGGAGAAGGUUCGGAUCCCGUCGGUGCUGCUCUCUGUUUCUACAAAGGCCUCAAGGUCUACCCGGAACCUUCAUCACUCAUCGGCAUCUACGAUAACACCGUCCCCAAAGAUAUCCUCGAAAUCCUGGCAAUCAUGGUAGCCCAAGACAAAAAUCUCAAAGUUGGCUCCUUCGGCGCUUCUAGCGAGGCUUCCGACAAUGGCCCUGGCGUCGAAUGA